AGUCCCUGCUGGAGAAGUGCCCUGCCUCUAGAUGUGUUGGAGUGAAUGAGAGAGGGAGUUCAGCCAGAGCCAGAGAGAGAGAGAGAGGGAGUGUGUGUACUGGGGAACAGGAGGUAGGCUGGACUAUGGAGAGUCUGAGGGACCUUGAGGCAGAAGUGAUGAAGUGGAUCUAGUCCGAGUGCCAGUGGGGAGGACAGAUGUACCCAGAACCAGCCCAGCUCCUCAACAGACACACAGGCACAGACACUUCACACGUCUCAGGACCUCAGGACAACCUGUAGAGGACACCGGUGGAUGGCACUUGGCAGCCCAAGAGAGUCCUCAAGAUUGUUUGAGGGUUACGAGUUUCAGCACCUGGUCGCAAUCAGGACUCUCGACAAGUUUUUUUCGCAAAGGCUCCGCGAGUGAAUAGUGUCAAGUGCUUCCCAGCUGAUGGACACCCUCUGACGAUACGUCUGGACGCAUCGGAGUCAGAGAGGGACAGUCUAGGAGGCAGUGUGAGAAGUGAAAGUGUGAUGGCUUUCUUCACAAGAGCAUCUCAAUCCAACCUGACAGAGCAGCAGGGGAUUUAAGUGGAGGAGAGAAGGAAACAAAGAAACAAACAAAACAAAACAAAAAAGAGCCCGGGACAAUUUUCUGCAGUCGCAGCACGUACUGAGUCACGAGGCAGAUCCGCGCUUCAUCAUGAAGCUCCCUUUCCUGGUGCUGCUGGCAGCGUCCCUGGCCCCUGGCCCCGGGCCCGGUGUGCAGGGAGAGGCCCAGGAGAUCGAGAGCCACGGCGACGCCUUGGAGCCCGAGUUCAUGUACGCCGCGCGUCCUAAACGCGCCGCGGACGACCCCCUCCCCGUCGCCGCCGCCGCCGCCGCCGCCGCCUCUCAGACGGACAAGUGCUCCUACACGUUCAUCGUGCCGCAGCAGAAGGCCACGGGCGCCAUCUGCGUCAACUCCAAGUCGCCGGAGGGCCAGGCGGAGACGCGCGUCCACAAGCAGGAGCUGGAGGUGGUCAACGGCGAGCUGCACAAGCAGCGGCGGCAGAUCGAGUCGCUGCAGCAGAUGGUGGAGGUGGACGGCGGCGUGGUCAACGAGGUCAAGCUGCUGCGCAAGGAGAGCCGCAACAUGAACGCGCGCGUCACGCAGCUCUACAUGCAGCUGCUGCACGAGAUCAUCCGCAAGCGGGACAACGCGCUGGAGGUGGCGGGGCUGGAGAACCGCGUGCUCAACCACACGGCCGAGAUGCAGACGCUGGUGUCGCGCUACCGCGACCUGGAGCACAAGUACCAGCACCUGGCCGCGCUCGCCAGCAACCAGAGCGCCGUCAUCGUGCAGCUGGAGGAGCACUGCCGCCGCACGCACGCCUUCGGCGGGGAGCGCGAGCGCGAGAGGCCGGCGCCGCGGGCCAGGCAGCCGCAGCCGCUGCCGCCGCAGCAGGCGCCGGCGAUGCCCGCGAUGCCCCAGCAUCCUCCGCAGCGGCCGCAGCACCCCAUGACGCCGGUCAGGGCGUACCACCCGCCCACGUACACGCGCAACAGCAACAACCAGAUCACCAACGAGAUCCAGAGCGACCAGAACUCCAAGGCCUUGCUGCAGCCGCUGCCUACCAUGGCGUACGGAACCCACAGCUCGUCCACCACAGACAAACCUUCCGGACCUUUCAAGGACUGUCUGCACGCCCUGGAGGAAGGCCACAGCACCAGCGGCAUGUACCUGGUGAAGCCGGAGAACGCCAACCGGCUGAUGCAGGUGUGGUGCGACCAGAGGCACGACCCGGGCGGCUGGACCGUCAUCCAGAGACGCCUCGAUGGAUCAGUCAACUUCUUCAGAAACUGGGAGACGUAUAAGCAAGGCUUUGGCAACAUUGACGGCGAGUACUGGCUGGGCCUGGAGCACAUCUACUGGCUGACCAAACAGGGCAACUACAAGCUGCUGGUGACGCUGGAGGACUGGUCGGGCAGGAAGACGUUUGCUGAGUACGCCAGCUUCCGCCUCGAGCCAGAGGCGGAGUUCUACAAGCUAAGGGUGGGUCGUUACCACGGUAACGCCGGGGACUCCCUGACCUGGCACAACGGGAAGCAGUUCACCACCCUGGACAGAGAUCACGACAUGUACACAGGUAACUGUGCCCACUACCAGAAGGGCGGGUGGUGGUACAAUGCCUGUGCCCACUCCAACCUUAAUGGUGUGUGGUACAGGGGAGGGCACUAUCGCAGUCGCUAUCAGGAUGGCGUGUACUGGGCAGAGUUCCGCGGUGGCGCCUACUCCUUGAAGAAGGUCACUAUGAUGAUUCGGCCAAAUCCAAACACGUACCAUUAGAACCAUCCCUGCCAAAUGACUGCAGUUACAGCACAAACAGAAGUGGUUCAGAAUAUACACGAUGCGUUUUUUUUUCCCUCCCCAUCUCAGAAAAACAAGUGCAAUUAAACUAAGUUAAAUGUUGUUUAUUUCUUGUUUUUGUUUUUUGCCUUUUCAUUUUGGUUAUUGCUUUCAUCAAUAUGCAUUCAUACACAGUAUAUAACAAUGGUACAGCAUAAACAUAUGAAAAUGACAGAGCUUUUUCCAGAGGCCUCAAUUGGAACUGGACAUCCAAGACUGCUCAGGAGACACAGGGACUCAUGGAGCUCUGGUCACAAAGGGCCAGUUUUUUUCUCCUCUUUUUUUAAAUCUGGACUAUUGGACGGGGUGAGUCCCCCACAGUCAGCUUGAAUCGGCUGAGCAGACAAAGCAGUGGAAACCGGACACUGAGUAAGGCCUAACCUCGUCUGUCAGCCAUCAGCCUCGUUUGCGAGCUGCCCCGUCGAGCAACGCAGUUUCCACAUGUGGUGAUGAAGGCAUGACAGGGGGAGAGCCACUGGUUUCCUGUGAGGGGGGAACGCCGCCCUGUGGGCCACCUCACUCCCAACAAGGACCAGCUCACACUGCGCAAGACUAUGACAAAGUGGGGGGGAAGAGCAUCGGAAAAUGCUUCCCAAUUUGUUGUUGUUUAUUUGUUCUAGUCCACAGCACAAUCUGUGCACAGAGUAUUAAUGUGAUGUACGUGAUGUAGUAUGUUUAUGUGAUGUAAUGCCCUGAAUAUGUCCCGACACAGUUACUCAAACCCCCCCACCAUGGUGCUGCAGUGUCAUGUUCUCCCUCGAACCGAGUCGGACCCACUAGCAUCCAUUCAUGUGGGAGAAGCCCACUAUUGAUAUCGGCCGUUACAACGCUCCUAAUGAUUUACUUCAAGAUGAUUCAUUGGCUUCAGGCCUUCUCAAGAUUAAAGGGAGUUUGUCAUUAGUCAUUCAAUACGAUAUGUUGAACUGGAUAAGUGAAAGUGAGUUUAAGUAAUAAAGACAGAAUGUAAUGAAUAACACUGGCAACAGUAGCCU